CGGGGCUGGCACUCACCGUCAAGCACCUUGAUAGCACAACCCUUCCUCUACUACCCCCCUUUCUUCCAGCUAUUCUUUACCUUGCUUUUUCUUCUCCUCUUGGAGAGUGAUAAUAGUCAUGGACUCUGAAUCUGUCGUCGCCCAAGUCCAGCGCAAGAUCGAGCUGCAAGCACCCGAGGAUCUCUCAUAUCUCAUCGCCAAUGUCCGUCGCGCAGCCGCAGAACGUAUCAACGAAGCAUUCCCCGUGGUAGAUGGCAAUGAUGGAGAGGAUGAAUUGCGAAAUCAUAUUGAGAAGCUCGUCAACGAGUACAUCGACAAGACAUUCUCCCUUGCCUCUCCAAAUCUCUCGAUAAACGGCCUCCCUGUAUCCCUGGACUCUUUCCUCUCUGAAUCAAACGCCGAGCCCGAUACCGUUUACGAACCUUUCGAUACGCGCAAACGUCGGCGUGUCGCAGAGUUAAUCACACAGGAAGAAAAGCUUCUCGAGGAUGUUGCGGCGUUGAAACGCUCGGUACCCGCUACGACGGCUGAGGCACAAGCAGAGCAACUGCGCGACAGUCUAAAGCGUGACGACGAUAUGCUCGAAGCACGAAAACAGCAGAUUAUAGCAGAGGCCGCUGAAGUGGAUUUGGACAUCCAACCACUAGAGAGACAAGAUGGCGUGGAGAAAGGUUUCCGAAGAGCUGUCGAGGGUCUGGGAAGAUUGAAGCGCGAUAUGCCUGCCGUGGUGGCCAAGAUGGAGAGAGCGCGUGUGGCGGGCGAGUAUGUCGUUACGCAGGGACGAUAAUAGACAUCCCUUGUCUUUAUUGCAUAUAUACCCAGGGCGGCGAUCAGUGUAUUACGAACAGGGAGUUAGGGCGCAUUGGAUUGGGUUGGAUUAAUCGGCAAUAUCAUUUCACAUGUUACAACACAAAUCUCGAGACCGCGCCUAUUGUUGAGAAUUAUUGCAGCCAUAGUCAGGAACCUCAGCCAGCCAGCAUCUAACGUAAUUCUAGGCACACACGAAAUAAAACGUCCACAUGAGCAUGUUUAUGCACCGAACGAGACCAAGAAUGGGGCUGGAAGAAUUCUUUUUGUGCUCCCUACAAACGUCACGCUCCGCCAUACACUCCACCAACGUGUUUUUACCAUAUAUAUCUUCGCUCAGAUAUCGUCUCAACCCCCAUUUGUUGAAAGAAAAAAAAGCAUGGUAAACGAGAGAAAAUAUGUGGUCUAUAUUAAGACGUAGCAAACCCGCCCGUCUAUCUUUCUUCCAUAUCCUUCACCUUGGUACAUAUACUCUUCUUUAAGCGGUAGCAGGGGCGGCAGCAGGGGCAGUCUGAGUAGCAUCAGCACCCUCAGCAGCGGAAGCAGCCUCAGGAGCCUUUGCGGGCUCCUCAAUCUCAGAACCCUUGUUCUCGAUGACGUUGGCAUCCUGCUUCUUCUCCCACCAGGCGGGACGAGCCCACUCAGGGUCGUGCCAAGGACCAGCAUCGCUGUUCUCACAGCCACCUUGGCAGACACACUCGCCACCGAACUGCUUGGGGAGGUUCUCGGCGGGGAUCUGCUUGAGGAGCUCGCUCUUGUAUCCAGAGCCGAGAAUGUUGAUCUUGGAGACAGUGACGGGGUCGAGCCAGCCCUUGACAACACUCCAGACUGUGGAGAAACCCCAGGGGGCGUUAAUCAUGUACAGCUUGCCGAGGCGCUCGGGGUAGUAGUUCUGGGAGAUGACAGAGGCCUGUCGGACAUAGGAGUAGACCUGGGGGACCUUGGUAAUGGAAACGCCCUUGAGAUCCAUGAUGGUGCAGCAUGUCUCGAGGAGAUGGCCGGCCUUGCGGGAGCAGGCAGGAAGACGGGGAUCGGCGACGCGCUCGUACUCGACAGCGAGGUUCAGGAGCAUGCGAUCAGCGCUGGUGAUCUUGUACAUGGCGGUCAGAUCAAUACCACCAAGGGUCUCGAUGUAGAUGGGUCGUCCAUCCUGUAUAAGGAAAAAAAUAUUAGUCAACAAAUGUUCUCAUGAUAGCUCUUCGUCGUCGUCACCGGCUUGCCAUACCUUGUCCGUCUUGUGGUAGAACUGGGUGUAGUACUUUCCGAUCUCAGCCUUCUCAGGAUAGUCCCAGAUAGGCACAGUCUCGUCAAGCUUAACCUCCUUUCGCCAUUUCUCAGUAUCCAAGAACCUAUAGUGGCGGUCAGCCCCCUGUCGCAACCAGCACGUUUUCUUGUUUCCACCGCUAUCGGAUGGAAAGGGUAGCAAAGUCUUACAUGGCUUUGGCGGCCUCGACAUCGAACUUGCGCGCUCGGAGGAAUCGAAGCUGUAGACAAGGACGUUGUCAGUAUUUGCUGUGUCGCGUUACAUGGCCCUUUUCGUCCAGGGUCCAGCAAGCUUAGGUAGCUAGGUUAAGGUAUAUCUCGUACCAGAGUCAAAGUGUCCAAUCGAUCAG